AUGUGUUUCUUCAAAACAAGAAAACAGCGCCAAGCCCCGGCUCAUCUAACCUUCCACGGCCCCGACUCCCAAGACCAAAUCACAGCCACCAACAUCUCCAACAUCGAAAUCGCCCGCUUCACCAUCACAAAGUCCACCCUCUCCCGUCUCCUCCCCUCCUCCAAGCAACAACAAAUCUGCACCUACAAACACUCCUCCCUCUCCGGAACCACCACUCUCAAGAACUUCCACGGCCACCAGCAGAUCAAGAUCAAGCAAAGCUGGGAAGGGAUGCAGUACGGGAAAGAUAUCAAAAGUCCCUGUGGGAAGUGGAAGUGGCGGCCUGGGAGUGGGGGGUGCGAGGAGUUGAGGGAUGGGAAGAUGGUGCUGGCGAGGGGUAAAUUGUCUGGGGGUUGCCGGCGACGACGAGAGGCUAGACUGGAAGUUUUUGUGAAUGGGGAUAGGUCUGUGAUGGAUUUGAUAUUGGCGUCGUGGGCGACUAUGGUAAAAGAAAGGGACGGGGGUACGGGGGCUGUGGCGGAGGUUGUUGGUGGGAUGGGGGGAGCUGUUGGAGGUGCUGUAGGGGGAGUGUGA